AUGCGGGUGAAGUCUUGCGCUGCGUCCGACGGUUCGGGUCACAUUAUACAAUUGUCGGAUGAAUAUGGCUGUGUGCUGCGCCCCAAGAUGAUAUCAAGGUUCCUCAAAGCGAAAGCUGCUGACGAGAGAGCUACGGUGAUCACGUACGCUUUCUUCCAUGCUUUCAAGUUCCCAGAUGCAUUGAGCGUCCAUAUUCGAUGCAAAGUGGAGAUCUGCAGACACGGUUGCUUGGACCACUGCCAGUUAGCUGGUGUUACACCACAAAGGCACGGCGCUUUGGACAGGAAAGACGACAGGACUCAUCAAGACCAUAAUGACAUCAAUGAUUCGUCAGCAGAGGACUCUGAUAUAAACUAUUCAGAAGAGCCUCAAAGGUUACCUUUAGAAGAAGCAUUUGGCGACGAAGUAUCAGGUGAUGCAGUGCCGGCGCCCGCGCCGUUGCCUCAGCGUGCGCCCGCGCCUGUCAACGAACCAGACACUGAUCAUAUGUCCGCUGUCCAGGAUCUGGUAGAUGCCCUCGCAAGACCAUUUACUGAUCGUCCAUCGGACUUAAGCGAACGCGAGCGUUUCCCGCAGGGUCCACGAAAUCUCGUUGGCAACGUUAAAAUAGAACCCACCGGGGACACAGUUGUUCCAGCUAAAACACCAGGUCCAGCUGUAGCAGGCCCUAGAUCGUUGAGGAAACGUAGAACGAUACGAGACGCCAGGUCUGCGGACGUGGGUGUGUCCGGCAUAUAUGAAGUUGUGUCAGAAGCGGAUUUAGCUUUUGGACCUUCUAGGGAGCCUGUCACCGUGUUCAGUGGCAGGAUUAGAGAAGAGGUAAGUUUAGUAAUAAGACUAGAUUUGUUAACAACUGUUAAGACGUAGCCAAUAUAGUUAUGGCAAAUUAAAACGUGAUUUCCAGUAAAAUGCUGCAAAUAUCUUUUUGUAAAAGUAAUUCUUACCAACCGUUAAAAAACAGCGUUUAAAUUCGCGUAUUUCUUGACUUAAAUUACUACAGUGAGAUCAGGCAUUAUAAGAUAGUCAAAUUUUGCUUUGGUGUUUCACUAAAAAUAAAAAAAAUAAUACCUACCUAUAUAGAACGUAUAUAAUAUACAUAUAUAGUAUUUGAAUAAAUAAUAAGAUAAAUAAUAGUUUCAUCUUAAUUCGAUUUCUUGUAAACAACAUAUUUGAAUGUGUUAUUUUCUAAUUUUGAGUUUUGACUACGCGCUGUAACAUUAGCACAAAAUGUCAUAGAGUUCAAAUCGCAUAAAGCAUUAUUUAGCACUGUGACUACGAAACCAGAACUAUUUUAACUAGAC